GCUUUCAGAUUAAGGUGGACAAAGACACUGAACGUUGACACAUCGAGCAGCGGCCAUCAUGACUACUUGUUCAUCUCUCUCUUUGUUCUGGUGGGCAUAUGGUGCUUCUUCAUGAUUGAACGUCUCAUCAAAAUCAUAUUGGCUCACCAAGCUGCAAAGGAGGACAGUAACAAAAUCCCUGCAUCUCAGUCUGAACAAAGAAUGCUUUGUGCAAAUGGUUGUGAGUUGCAGUCAUCGGAUAGAGCAGAUCUUGGUGAUGAACUUAGCAGCAGACAGCCCUCGCUUAGCAAAAGUGAGAGCUUUGAGGGCUCCAAGUUAGUGCCUCCUGUCAGUAGCUGUGCUCCCAAAAAUGUGGAGCUGAUUUAUGCUUCACAGGAACAAGCUAUUAAGGCAUCAUUUGGACACAGUGAGAGACCAAAGGUGUUACACUGCCACAAUAACACCAUAGAGUUCCGACAGGGUAAAGACUCUGUCAUCAAGACUGUUGCAUGGAUGAUCAUCUUUGGAGAUGGUUUCCAUAACUUCAUUGAUGGAGUUUCCAUUGGAGCUGCAUUUUCAGAGUCAUUAUUAACAGGCAUUUCCAUAAGCCUGGCAGUUAUGUGUGAGGAGCUACCUCAUGAAUUAGGUGAUUUUGCUGUUCUGCUGAAUGCCGGCAUGACAAUGAAACAAGCUGUAGCUUACAAUUUCUUGUCUGCAACCACCUGUUAUCUUGGAUUAAUAUUUGGAAUACUUCUGGGAGAGUUCACACAGGACAAUACAGCAAUAUUUGCCCUGGCAGCUGGCAUGUUUCUCUACAUAGCUUUGGUUGAUAUGGUACCAGAGAUGAAUGAAGUAGCGAGUAAAGCAGCAGUGGGAGGCUGGAAGUCUGCUCUUGGUGUUCUCCUCCUCCAAAAUAUUGGCUUUUUUGUUGGUAUAGCAUUGCUUUUCCUUUUAGCAUAUUACCAAGAUAAUAUAGUUUUUGUCUGAGAUAUCUAGGAUAUGUACUCUCAACCGAGAAUGAUUUGUACAGUAUUGAUGUAGGGGGUGAUUGUUCCAAUCUUAUUGAAUGAGUGGGAGAUUGAGUUAUGGUGUUAGAGAUGAACUAUAUGGGUAGCAUCUGUUGUAACAAGAUUAGAGUGUAAAGAAUGAAAAGGUGUGAAUGAAAAGGUAGUAUGGUAUGUAUGCUACCAAUGUACAAGACAGGCAGCGAAUGUAAGUGAGUAAAUGUAGUUUGGAGUGAGUGAGUGGGUGGGUGUUUGUCAUAAUUCAUCUGUUGUAUUUUUAUACUUGGCCUGUUAAGCAGUAGAAAUACCACUGACUGUCUUGUUAGCCUGUGGUGGUGUUGGUUUUUCAGGCUUCCAUGCAAUGUGGAAGGUAUAAUGAAAGGUUGGGUAGCAGUUUUUUACAGUAUAUCUUACAUGACUUUUCCUUCUCUUUCUCGUAGUUGGCCUCCCACCCUGCAAAAGUGAGAAAUGGGGCAGUGAUGAUGUAGAUAUAUGUUAGUUAUUCUUUAAUUUUUUUUUCCAACAAACCAGCCAUAUCCCACCGAGGCAGGGUGACCCAAAAGAAAAACAAUCGUCUCUUUAAAUUUAGUAAUGUAUACAGGAGGAGUUCUAUCCUCUUGCUCCUCACAUUUUAGUUGCCUCUGACACUCAUGGCUUAUGGAGGAAGAAUUCUGUUCCACUUUCCCGUGGAGAGUGUUAUUCUUGUACAGUAAAAAUACAAGCCAGUCUAUUUCAGUUAUGACAGUGUUGAUUUGAUUGAAAAAUGUUUUAUAAUUUACAUGAAAAAAUUUAAAUCCCCAAUUUUUUGUUUUAAGGUGUACAGAGGAAUAUUUUUUAUUACACAUAAUUUCAAAUAUUUAUUUAUGAAUUUAGUAGUUGCCUUUCAUGUUGAUUGGUUCUAACUUAAUUGAAAAUUCUGUUGAAAAUACAGUAUAACUGAAGGUUGCCUUAUGUUGUUGCUGUUAUGAACAUGGGAAUAAUUUGAGGCUCACAAUAGACACUGAUGUUUCAAAGGAAACAAGUGUGUUGUGUGGGGCAACUCGUACUUUAUAAACAAGUCGCUAAACAAUUGUAAGAUAUUUUUUAAUUUUUUUAACUUGCAUUGUACAGGGCAUUUAAUUCUCAUCUCUGGGAUACUGAAGGUUUCAGGAUCCAUUCUUUGUAAAUGGCUACUUAAUGUUUUAAAAAAUUAAAGUAAUAUGCAGGUAGUUUUUUAUUAAUAUAAAAAUUUAAAAAGUGUACGAGUAAUGCAGUUAUGUGGUAUGGUUAAAGCGCAUUGCAGACAUACUGCAUAUUUUAAUGUUUACAUGUACUGUAAUACAGGUCAGCCAUCACUAAUCCGGCAUCAUUGGGACCUGUAGUGUACCGGAUUAGUGAGUUUGCCGGAUUAAUGGUUAGGUUAGAAUACACUUAAUUAACCUAUCAAUAGAGAGAGACUUUCUGCUACAUCUUCCUCAUUUUCUCCUCCACUGGCUUGCUGCUGUGGAUUUACAACCAUCUACACAAUAUUUAAGUCAGUAUAAUGAUGAAAUUUGAAAUUAUGCUAGCUGAAAUUAGUGCCAGAUUACUGAUGGAACCGGUUAACUGAUUACCAGAUUACUGAUGGCCGACCUAUAUAAGUUAUGUACACUAAACGUGCAGUUUAUCUUUUGUCCAUCGGAUGUUUCCAGUGUUUUUUUUUUUUUGUUGUUGUUUCAUUAAUUAUUUUUAUGUAUUGUAAGAAUCUCGACCAAGUAAUUUUUUAUACAAGAUAUUGUACGUAUUUGGUUUUACUCUGUAAAUGUUCCUCUUCAAGGGGGCUCCUUGGCGUGGUGAAGAGGCUCUUGGUCUGAGGAGUUAGACCUGUCGGUCUCCUUCCUCAGACCGAACCUAAUUACCCCCUAAUCCCCCCUUCCCUAUCCCAUCUUCCCCAUCCUCCCCUUUUCCCUUUCCUCCUCUUCCUCCCCACCCCUCCCUUUUGCCCUUCCUCUUUUUGGCCUUUGGGAUUUUUCCCACAGGCACGCUAGUUCCUAGGUAGGGGAAAGGGUACCGGGGUCCAUCCCAUUCCGUUGAGGUUCUUGGCGGUGGCGUAGUUUGCCGUGGAAUCUGGAUCGCCUGGGGAUGUCCUGAUCCCUCUCCGGUAUCCCGGAGGGUGGCUUUGGGUGUCUCUCGGGCGACGGGUGUAUCUCUGGAAGCCACCUUUCGGAUUCCGGGGGUGGUGGCCGAAGGAGGUAUGCUUUGUGACGGAUAUCCGGCCGCGCUCUCUUUUGUCCACCGAGGUAGCUCGGCAGAUGUGAGGUUCCUAUCCCGGAUUGCCGGUUUACUGGCAUGAUGGGUAGGGUAUGGCACGGGUUCCAUGCUGCAUCUACGCUACUUGCGGUGCUGAGGUCCUCUUGGGUGCGGAGGGAGAUUUCUGGCCCUUUCAUUCCUCCUAGGAACUAUCCCUCCCUGGUCCCCCCUUUUUUUUAUUCUUUUUUUAUUUUUAUUUUCUUUUCUUUUUUUUUUUUUUCUUAAAAACAAAAAGAAAGAAGUAAUCUAAC